AUGGGCGAGGACUCUGAGAAGCUUGGAGAAGAGAAUAGAACCAUGCUGCAAGCAGCAGCAGCGCGCAGAAGGCAGGGAGAGGACGGCGAAGUGGAAAGAUCGCACGCCUCAAGGUAUCCGCUCGCGUGGAGUGCCUGCUCUUCGAGCAUCCGAUUAUGAUAUAGUGGAAUUCUGAUGAGCGAUGACUAUGAGAAGCCUGGAGAAGAGAAUAGAAGAAUGAUGGAAGCAGCAGCAGCGCGCAGAAGGCAGGGAGAGGACGGCGAAGUGGAAAGAUCGCACGCCUCAAGGUAUCCGCUCGCGUGGAGUGCCUGCUCUUCGAGCAUCCGAUUAUGAUAUAGUGGAAUUCUGAUGAGCGAUGACUAUGAGAAGCCUGGAGAAGAGAAUAGAAGAAUGAUGGAAGCAGCAGCAGCGCGCAGAAGGCAGGGAGAGGACGGCGAAGUGGAAAGAUCGCACGCCUCAAGGUAUCCGCUCGCGUGGAGUGCCUGCUCUUCGAGCAUCCGAUUAUGAUAUAGUGGAAUUCUGAUGAGCGAUGACUAUGAGAAGCCUGGAGAAGAGAAUAGAAGAAUGAUGGAAGCAGCAGCAGCGCGCAGAAGGCAGGGAGAGGACGGCGAAGUGGAAAGAUCGCACGCCUCAAGGUAUUCGCUCGCGUGGAGUGCCUGUUCUUCGAGCAUCCGAUUAUGAUAUAGUGGAAUUCUUAUGGGCGAGGACUCUGAGAAGCUUGGAGAAGAGAAUAGAAGAAUGAUGGAAGCAGCAGCAGCGCGCAGAAGGCAGGGAGAGGACGGCGAAGUGGAAAGAUCGCACGCCUCAAGGUAUCCGCUCGCGUGGAGUGCCUGCUCUUCGAGCAUCCGAUUAUGAUAUAGUGGAAUUCUGAUGAGCGAUGACUAUGAGAAGCCUGGAGAAGAGAAUAGAAGAAUGAUGGAAGCAGGAGAAGUGCGCAGAAGGCAGGGAGAGGACGGCGAAGUGGAAAGAUCGCACGCCUGUGGCUCUUAUCGCUUCCAGUGGCUGCUGCUUGCAACAUGGUUCUAUUCUCUUCUCCAAGCUUCUCAGAGUCCUCGCCUAUCAGAAUUCCACUAUAUCAUAAUGAGAUGCUCGAAGAGCAGUCUCUCCAAGCGAUGA